AUUGUUCUAGAUUCAAAUACAAUAUUUCAAAAGUUUCAAACUACAAUUCGUUUACUUUCACCUUACGGAGAACUAUGUUUCACAUAAUUAUAUAUUGUACAUUCGCUUGCUUUGCAGCUUCGUCUGUCUUAGAAUCCCGAUUUGUGGCGGAAGUGGACAUUCCUGAUCUUGUUCUCAGAUUGGACGCUAACGAGGCUAAACUGACCACUUUGACGAAGGAUUUCAAUGACCUCAAAGCAAAAUACAAUCACCCGCCAGUGGCAUUUAAGGCACACCUGACUUCAAGCAGCAAUCCCGGUCUCAAUCAGCGCAUCAUCUUUGACGAUGUACAACUGAACCUUGGUAAUGCCUACUUUCAACAUCUUGGUGGAUUUCUAGCACCGUUAAACGGCACAUACCUGUUUUCCGUCUCCGUGUGCUCACAUGGUGGCCAUUUCAUUCUUCUUGACUUGAUGAAGAAUACCAACAGGAUUGGUGGAAUACUUGCGGGGGACAGUCUAUAUGACGAUUGCUCCUCGGAGACAACCGUCACUCAACUGAACGCUGGAGACCAAGUGUACGUUCAACAUCAUGAGUCAAGUGGCGAUCUGAUCUUUGCACAUCAAAAUAUUAUUAAUAGUUUUACUGGCGUUCUGUUGCAGAUAUCAUAAAAUAUGUCUGAUUUUAUGGGAUUAAGAGUGUUAAGUAGUGCCUAGACGAUCUUCAAUAAAACACACACAUGUA